GCUGGAUAAUGUGCGAUUCAAUGCGCACAUUGACUUUAAGCCUUAAACACUUGUUUCAACUCGUUCGGCAUCCACCUCUUUCAUACAAGAUGAGAACGGGUGUUCCCAUUAUCCUCUUUGUUGCAGUGGCUGGUUUCCACAAUGUGAUUUCAUUGUCUCUGGAAUCUGAUGAAAGUAAUGAAUCAUCCGAAGAGAGAGAGUAUGCGGAGAACAGCACGACACCACAGACAGAUGAGUCGCAGUAUGCAGCUGCUCACGUGAAAGACGGUCUUAUAAAAACGACUCGUAUGGAUGGUGAAACAGAGGCCGUAUCAAAUGAUACAGAUGAGUAUGCAGCUGCUCACGUGAAAGAUGGUGAAACAGAGGCAGGAUCAGAAGAUACAGAGGAGAGAAAUGAUAAAGACUCAAAAGAGUCAAAGGUGCUUGAGAAUGAAGAUGAUGAUGGUGAGACGGGGGAACUAACACACAACACAGGAGCGAACACAGGAAGUGACGAAUCUGUAGAAGCAGACUCUGAGGAAGACAAAAACGACUUUGAUUACGACAGAUUUUAUUAUUAGAAGAGUGGCUGUGUGGAAUCUGUAAUAUCUUUAAACCUAAAUGCCUUGUUUUAUGAAGCAUGUUUCUAACCCAUACACCACCUGGACAAAACCUCGUGUAUCGUACCUUUCAGAAGACUGUAAGCACUGCUGGUAUAAAUGUAAGCCUGCAGGUGGCAGUAAUAACAGAUGAAGAGCAGUAGAUGUAGGUGGUGUGUUAAAGCAAAUGUAGGCCGGUUAUCCAGGCCAGCGCCGUCUACUGUCCUUGGGUGCUCGUUUGAGCUUUAUUUAUAUCACCUGCAUUGUCCCGGCUUAUUUUAGGACCAAAGAUGCCAUGUUUCAUAGCCUGAUGAAGACGAGCUGUUUUACGCCACAUAUAAAAGCCGGGGAAUUUUAUUUUAAGGGUUUAUAUGUUGAUAUUUCUUUAUGUUCUGUGUUGCUAAAUGCAUGUUAUGGCUGGUGUAAUUCUUUUAAUGGUCAAAAUAAACAUCCAAAACCUAAAA